AUGUCCUUCCGCAUUGACCGUCAUUGUUCAUUUUCCAUCGUUCUUACCACCAUGAUCAAUCCACAGGCCCUCACAGAUAUGGCGAUUGAUACCAUUCAUGGCAUUGUCGAGUCCAACGUCGCAAUUGCGCUGUGGGAUGCGGGUCUACAAGGUGGCUACCAAGCUUACCCCACUGAACACUGCAUCGCAGAAAAAACCUUCACUUCCUACUGCCUUAUCCUCACACUACUCUCCAUAAUGACUCUACCUGGAAAGGUGAUCCGAAUCAACGAAAAUGCCACCAUAAGGCUUAUGCCCACAAAUCAUCUUCCACCACGCCUGAAACGCCUUCUGCAGCGUCAGCAGGACUUCAACAUUUCUGAGCGCUCUGACUCGGCACUCCCACCCGUAGAGGAGCCAGCUUCAAGCGCAGCAAUAAGUCAGGCUGAACCAAACAUACCUGCUAUAACGCAGUCGCCUUCCCAUCGGAAGAGAAAGACCCGGAGGAGUAGAGAGAAGGAGAACAAUAUUGCAUCACCCAUCGCCUUAAAACGCCGCCACCGUAUUCGCGCAAGGCUCGACCAUGGUGCAGCCUCCACCACACAUACUACUAUCGAUUAG